AAGGAUAUUAUAUUUAAUAUUUUAUAAUUGUCAAUUGAAGAUACUUUCAAGAUCAACUAUUUUUUUUUUUUUUUUUCAGUGAUUGAUAAUUUAAAUAAUUAUUUUUAAUAAUUUACUGAUAUAAAGUGCAGUGAAAUGUACGAAUCAGCAUCUGCAAAACGAUUUAAGAGUAAUAAUAAUAGCAAUAAUAAUAACAAUAAUCAAUUGCCAUUAGAUUUUAGUUUAAAAUCCUUGUCAAAGUCAGAACCCGAAGUUUCUGAAGUUUCUGAGCGUCUAAACUAUGACAGCCAGCAAGAAGAUGACCUAGUAGACGAUAACAACGUGUUCGCGUCGGCGAACAUCGCCAACAAACUACUAGCUCUGGAGUAUGAGCUGACCAAGAGGAUAGAGCUGAUAUCUUUCGACCCACCUGUCGAGUACGUUUACAGCCCGAUAGACUACGCAAUUUCAGUCCACGCGAAUUUCCUCCAGAAGUACUGUCACACGACCAAGAAAAUUCUGUUCCUGGCGAUGAAUCCCGGCCCGUGGGGAAUGUCGCAGACUGGUAUUCCUUUUGGAGAAAUAAACGCGGUAGUGAACUGGCUCAAGCUGUCGGGGCUGAUAGAGAAACCGUUGAAGGAGCAGCCGAACAGAAAAGUCACAGGAUUUGCUUGCCAUCGGAGUGAAAUAAGUGGCAGGAGGUUCUGGAAUUUGUUCAAGAGUAUUUGCGGUAGUCCGGAUAAUUUUUUUCAGUACUCGUUUCUGAGGAACUAUUGUCCAGUGGCUCUGAUGGAUUCUGCUGGUCGGAAUAUUUCUCCUGCUGAGUUAAAGGGCUCGAAAUUGAAGGAGUUGAGAGAUAUUUGUGAUUUGACGCUACUGGCAGUUUUGAAACUUUUGGAAGUUGAAAAAAUUGUAGGGAUUGGAAGAUUUGCCGAACAAAGAGCCAAGAAUAUUGUUAAAACUGCUGGUUUACCGAUUAGAAUUUUUUGGAUGCCUCACCCAAGUCCUAGAUCCACUGCCAACGAAAAUUGGAGCGAUAAAGCACUUAAAACUUUAAACGAGUUAGAUUUACUUAAAUAUUUUGUAAAGUCUGACGACGAGAACUUGAACUGA